ACUGACAAAGCCACACGAGUGAUUUUGCAGUCGAGAAAAGUGAGUGUCUCGGUAUAUCAUCUUGUUACAUUUCUGUAACAUGUCGUCCAAACCAGAAUCCAAAGUAGCGUGGACAGAUGAACCCUCAUCUACUAAUGAGAAUUUAGGCAGUUUGUGGACUGAUUUCACACAGAACACAGGAUUCCAUGGAGUCAAUAAACUCACACCUGGACGUAACUACCGGAUUAGAUGCGUUUCAUGGACGGUUGCAGUGCUUGCGAUGUCAUCAUUCAUGACCUAUAACAUAACACAGGAGCUGGUGAACUACUACAGAUACCCAGUGAUCACCAACACGAAGGUGGAGGUGCUUGAGGAACUGCCUUUCCCAGCUGUCACCUUCUGCAAUCAAAGUCCUUUCAACCUGAGCAAAAUUAAAGCAGUUGAUCCUUAUCUGGAGACGUAUUUAACAAAAGUCAGCAUGUUAGGACCAAUGACAGGAUCCAUAAAUUGGAGCGAUCCAGGCUACGGGCCUACUUUUCGGGAGAGCCACAGCCGUGAGUGGUGGGAAAACGUUUACAUGACCCCCCAAAAUAUGUUUUACUUGUGUUUCAUGAAUGGUAUUCUUCACGAGCCCUGUAUCUCAGCAAUGAAACCUAUUUUAACCAAUAUGGGUCAAUGUGCUACUUUCAACUGGAAUGCUUCUGAAGAAGCAAAAGUGCGAGUUACUGGCUCAGAUAAUAAUCUCAUUUUAUAUGCCAAUGUUGAUCAGGCCAACUAUGUUCUUGGGUCUCAACUUGCAGCAGGGAUAAAGGUGAUCUUGCACGAUCCGCGUACCCACCCAGAUGUAGCGACAUCCUCUUUCUUUGCUGCUCCAGGGACAUCAACAUACGCUGCUGUUCUCAGAUCGACGUACGAGUACCUACCACCACCCUACCAGGCCUUCAAAAGCCGAACAUGCGUGGAUACUUCGUCACCGUCAUUUAACAACACCCUGCAGUACUUCGACACCUACACAUAUGAACACUGUCUCCAGGAGUGCAUCACAACGAUAACACACGACCUUUGUGGUUGCAUCAAACCAGCAGAUAACGCAACUAUUGGACAAAUUUGUUCCAUGUAUAACUUCACCAACUGCUAUGCAGAUAAAUAUAGGUAUUUGAUGACGAAUGCGACGAUUCAGAAAUCCUGCGGCUGUCAAGUACCAUGCUCAUUCGAGACUUAUAGUGUCAAAGUAUCCACAUCGAGAUACCCAUCAAAUGUGUCAAUGGCAUUCAUCCUGAAACUUGGGUUAGCACCAGAUGAGGAUUUUAUCAGGGAAAACUAUCUCGAAAUAAGAUUGUUCUAUGAUCAACUGAUCGUUCAGGCAACAUUACAAACUCCACAGUAUACAACGGAGACCAUAAUAGGUAACCUGGGAGGCCAGAUGGGCAUCUGUCUCGGAGCCAGCAUCCUGACUCUCACAGAACUGGGAGAGUUCCUCCUCAUUCUCUGUUUGACCAUCUUCAGAAAAUGUAAACAUGGCGGCCAAGUCACGCACAUCAAACCUACUCAGCAUUGAAGUACACCGUUGCCAGUAACUAAUCAAUGACAUCAUUUUAAUUUGUUCAAAACAAUUAAAAAUAAAAUUUAAAGCAGAGGCAAAAUUUGAUUUCCCCCUAAUUUGUGUGGAUCAGUUAAAAUUUCAAAUGUUUCGAUACAGCUGAUCCCUGACUUAUUUUGUUUAUGUGUAUUGGAAGUUAAGAGACGUGUCUACAUUAUAGGAGUGUCUACAUUACUUGAGUUUAAUUUUUUGAAUUUGUUUAAAUUCCAAAAAUGUCAUAAUCUGUAGAAAGCUCAUUAUGUGUUCAUAUACCUACUCACUAUUUAUCAGUCUUGUACGCCACUAUAAGUAUAAUUGUGUGUUUAAAUGAACCGUAACAUCUACAUAAUCAGUUGGGUCAAGAAUUCCUUUUUCAGUUGGUUGAUCCAUGAGAUGUAUGUACAAUAUAUCCUCUCACUAAUAUAACUAAUGGCAGUUACAUCAACAUGAUUGUCAGGCUGAGAAUGAAAUCAUACAUUGACACGUUUAGUUGUUAUCAAAUGCCAUUUUAUUGAGCUGAGCCGCAGUGUCACACAGUGGAGUUCUUGUUUACCUGUUACCUUGACAUUCAACUGGAUCAUUCACAAUGUCUCAUGAAAUAAAGUAAACUAGCUAGAAGUUCGACCAAAUGUUGUUGGCCAAAGAUUAGCCUCAAAAAGAACGUGGCAAGACUCGUCACGUUUACGUGUUAAUUUAGCUGUAUGUCAAGACAUAUGUCCCCACAAAGAGAGGACCGCCUCCGUGGUCUUGUGGUAGAGCGUCCGCCCGGAAAGCGGAAGG